AUGACACCAUCACUCAACUCGCUGCGACCCAUGGCGGCGUCAUCGAAGACGGCGAGUCGUGUGCUCAACGUCAACGUGGGCCUUCUCGGACACGUCGACUCGGGCAAGACGUCACUAGCCAAGGCACUCUCCACACUCGCUUCAACGGCUGCCUUUGACAAACACCCUCAAUCCCAAGUCAGAGGCAUCACCCUCGACCUCGGCUUCUCUGCCCUUCGUGUACCUCUCCCGCCAGCCCUCGCUGGCCUCCGACUCGAUGGGCAUGAUGAUGGUACUCCUGACAUCUGUUCCGGUACUACAUCCGGCAAUGAUACCGGUGAUCAUCCCGGAAAAGAGGACGAGUCGGGCUUGUUGACGGUCGGCGACAAGUACGAUGAGAUUCAGUUUACCCUCGUUGACUGCCCUGGACACGCCUCGCUGAUCAAGACCAUCAUCGGCGGCGCCUCCAUCAUCGACAUCAUGGUCCUGGUGGUCGACGCCAAGGCAGGCUUCCAGACGCAGACCGCAGAGUGUCUGGUCAUCGGCGAGCUGACAGCAGACACACUCAUGGUCGCCCUCAACAAGAUCGAUCUCUUUCCCGAAGAGAAGCGGGCGAGCAAGGUGGCCAAGAUGACCAAGCGGGUGGCGGCGACGCUCAAGCCGACAGCCUUUGCAAAUUCAGACAUCCUCCCGGUCUCGGCAUCGAGUGGUGAUGGCCUCAGCGACCUCGUCGACGCCCUCACUGCCGCCGUCCGCCUCCCGACCCGCAACGAAGCCGAGGACGCGUUCCUCUUUGCCAUCGACCACUGCUUCCAGGUCAAGGGCCAGGGCACUGUUGUGACCGGGACCAUCCAGCGCGGCUCGGUUGCCGUGGGGCAGACCAUCGAGUUCCCGGCGCUCGGCCUGUCCAAGAAGGUCAAGUCGAUGCAGAUGUUCAAGGCACCGGUCGAGCGAGCCGUCCAGGGCGACCGCCUCGGCAUCUGCGUGGCCCAGCUCAACGCCAAGCUCCUCGAGCGCGGCCUCGCCUGCGCCCCAGGCACCAUCCGCGCCGUCUCGGCCGCCGUCGUCCGCGUCUCGCGCAUCCCCUACUUUCGCGGCGAGAUCAAGUCGCGCGCUAAGUUCCACCUCACCGUCGGCCACGAGACUGUCAUGGCCACGCUCCAGUUCUUCCGCUCCGUCGGCCCGGGCGAGGACCCGCACGGCCUCGCUUCGACCGCCAGCUCAUCGUCGGCCGCCAGCUCAUCGGAUGCUGCGUCGGCCGCCGAUUCGGCGCCGCAUCCCGCGCACGUCUUCUCCUACGACGACGAGUACCUAGACGUGAGCGAGCUCGAGGGUCCCGAGGCAUACCCGACAGGCUCGACGACGUACGCGGUGCUUGAGCUCGAGUCACCCGUCCUCUGCGCGCCUGACGCCAUGAUAAUCGGUUCGCGGCUCGACAGCGACGUCGACGGAAACGUGUGCCGGCUGGCCUUCUCGGGCUCGCUGGUGGCUCCGUUUGACAGCGACACACCGUGGGCACUCAAGAUCUUCCGUGUCAAGGCCAAGGGCACGGACCCGGGCGUGUACACCGGGCUCAAGGUAGUCUCGGCGGCCAACGGCGGCAUCGGCGUCAUCCAGGGCCGCUUUGGCGCCUCCAACAAGAUGAACGUCUUCUUCUCCGGUGGCGGGCAGACCGAUGCCCGCGCCGCCGUCACCCUCCACUACCGCAAGUACGUUUACCCGGAUCCGUCCGUCACCGCCACCUUUGUCCAGCCCGACCUCGUUGACCCCACCCUCUGACGUCUUAUUGUCGCGUCGCUCUCCCAGCCUCUACACCCUCGCGCCUCGCGCCUCGCGCUCUGCUGCGAGCUGAUCACGCCCUCGCGCUCUGC